AUAUUGUGAACAGUGACGAUCAAAUAGAAACAUAAGCCAUAAAACAAAUGUGAAAAGAAAGUGACGCUGACAGUGCUGGAAAGGACUGGCAAACAGCGUAUGUGAUUCAAUAUGCACCCAUCUUCCUGUGACACCUUUGUGGCUCUGCCGCCCUCCACCGAGGGACAACGCAUUGUCUUUGGGAAAAACUCUGACAGGCCUUGUGAUGAGGUCCAGGAGGUGGUGUAUUUUCCUGCCAAAGACUGUGGUGAAGGGGAAAAGGUGGAGUGUACAUACAUCGAGAUUGAGCAGGCGGCCCACACUUACGCAGUUGUGUUGAGCAAACCAGCGUGGCUGUGGGGUGCAGAAAUGGGUGCAAAUGAGCAUCAAGUGUGUAUUGGAAAUGAAGCAGUGUGGGGGAGAGAAAGUGCUGAUGGUGACGAGGCUCUUCUCGGCAUGGAUCUUGUCAGGCUUGGACUUGAAAGAGCCGAUACAGCUGAGAAAGCUGUGGAUGUCAUUGCUGAGCUGCUUGAGAAAUAUGGCCAGGGAGGCUCCUGCCUGGAAGAUGAGUCUGGCUUUACCUACCACAACAGUUUUCUCAUCUCAGACAGGAAGGAGGCAUGGGUGCUGGAAACUUCAGGGAAGUACUGGGCAGCAGAGAGAGUGGAAGGUGGAUAUCGCAACAUCUCAAAUCAGUACAGCAUAACAACUAAGAUAGACAAAGAACAUCCAGGUAUGAGGGAAUAUGCACAAAGCAAAGGCUGGUGGGAUGGAAAAACUCAGUUCAACUUUGCCACGGCGUACUCCUUCAUGACUACAGCCAGGAUUGACGCCUCCGGGAGCCGAUACUGUGAGGGGAAGAAGUUGUUGGAGAAGAGCAACGGUCACAUCACUGCUGAGACAAUGAUGGAUAUCUUGAGGGAUAAGGAAAGUGGCAUCAACAUGGAGGGCAUGUUCAUGACGACAGGAAGUAUGGUUUCUGUGGUACCCACAAAUCCUGAUGUCCCAGGGGUUCACUACUUUACAGCAACUCCAGACCCUGAAAGGUCUAUAUUCAAACCCUUCAUCUUUGUGAAAUACAUUGAAGGAGAUUGGAAAGACACAGUUUCUCCCAGUUACGGUUCAGAUGACCCUGUAAAGAAGAAGCCCCGCUUCCAGAGCAAACCUGACCGCAAACACAAUUUGUUUUCCAAGCAUGAGGUGGUGGCUGCCAUCAUUGACAGCUACAAGGACAAAGGACAGAAGAUUGUGCAAAAUAUGAGACAGCUAGAAAAAGAGAAGAUGACAGAGAUGGAGAAGAAUCUUUCACAUGGUAUUGAGGAACCAGAUUUUUUGGUGAAUCUGUUCCCAGAAUGUGUUAAAGAGGAGAUGAAUGUGUACAGCAAAAGCUGAGAAGCCUGUGACUUGUUGGUCACAGAAAAGCUCUGUAGUGUAUCAGUGGCAGUUUGUGCCUCUGCAGUGUAUCUUUAAUUCAGAUACAAAUACUCACAUGCUGCUAUGAUAGAUCAGUAUAUCAGAACAAAUUAAAAUCAACCUUCAUUCAAAAAUUAGGCAUUAAAAUUCAUGAAUUCCGCAUUAUACAUUAAUGACUAAAAUGUUCACUUUUCAUUCAUGUAUAGAAUCAUUGACCAGGAAUACAUGCAGAACAUGUAUUGAGGGUUCAGUAGUAAAAUUUAUUUAAAAAGCACUAAAGACCAUCAAUAUGCAGCAUUUUACAAGAAUUGUGUGCUACAAAUGUAUUAUAAUUAUUCUAUUAAAAUGUUUACACCAGUGUUCUCAAUAUGAUUGAGUUAAUAAUAAAUACAGACAUUUGCAUUUAAAGCAGUUAACUGAUUAUAUUUUGGUACACCUGAGAGAAAAAUAAUCACAGCAGCUUGUAUUUUCCCAACUUAAGUUGAUAUGGUUUAUGUGAAGGAUGACACCAUGUACCAAAUCACAUUAUAAUCACAGCUUAUUAAAAGAUGAUUACGCCAUUUUCUGCUCCAUUUUUGGCAUUUUAAAAAGCAAUAAGCAAUGUAAACAUGUUUGUUGAAAUGGUGUUUUGAAAUACUGCUAACAUCGCCCUGGUAAACAGUGUAACCACUGUUACAUCAGUGUCAAGUCAUGUUUGACUGCAGGCAACCAGAGCAACAAUACAUGCUACAUUACCAGUUAACCAACUGGUAAAACUAACUUAAUUAUAAGUUAUACUGGAUUUAAACUUUAAAAAUGGAUGAAGAAUCAGCCACGUCUUCCCUUUUUCUUUGGCUUUGGUAGGAGAGUGAUAAUAAACUCAGAGGCGUCCCACAGUAUGAACUAAUGCACUCAGCAGAGGACUGGAAAAUGUGGCUUGUACCUCUAAUUUUCUUUAUGAGGACCCCUCUGCACAUUGUCACUCACAAUGACACAGAAUAAAACUACUGAAAGUGCAUCUAUUAACUGGCAUAAAAAUACACACACACAAAAUCAACAAAAGCAACAACAUCUUGUUUCAUCCCUUAAUAUUAGUAGUACUUGUCAGUUAUGUUCUGCUCAAAAAUGAAAAACCAUGGUCUUGUCUUUGUAGUUUUGGCCAUCAGUCCUGUCAGUUAUGUUAUAAUUUUACUCUCCAGCUUUAUUAAAGAUUAAACGAUGCAGCAUAAUAUGAGGAUUAUGAACACAAUCUCAGUUGCAGAUAUUUCUGGUCUCCUCUCCAAAUAAGUGGUUGGAUAAUGUGGCUAAACAUGUUGUUAAUGUGUGUUAUCAUGUAAUUGUGUUAGCAACAUUGUCACAAUCCAAAUUCUCAACAAUUAAACAGUUGAGUGAAAUGUUAAAUGUAUGUAAAAUUGCAAAAAUAAGACCAAGGUUUUAAUAAAAUUAAUUUUCAUUUAA